CCAGCGUCAGAAGCCACAGAGAAGAGCAUCUCUCCUUGUCCCGCUCCUUCCCCUGCUCCACCUCAUCCUCCCAGCCUCUUUGGGCUCGGUCGGCAGGGGACGCUCGUGGGCUGCGCUCCUUCGCAACCGGAGGCCCCGCCCCCUCUGCCCCUUUAACCUUUAGGCUGCGCCAGCGGCACGUCCCAGGCCAGUGGCUGGUCUCUUCUCCCGGCGCCCUGGUACUCCCGGGAUUCCCGGGCCGGAAGCGAAGAUGGCGGCGGCGGCGGCGGGGAGCGGGUCGGCCUCCACGGAGCUGGUGAUCGGCUGGUGGAUCUUCGGGAUGCUCUUACUGGCAAUUUUGGCAUUCUGUUGGGUGUAUGUUCGGAAAUAUCAAAGUCAACGAGAAAGUGAAGUUGUCUCCACUAUAACAGCAAUUUUUUCCCUGGCAAUUGCACUCAUCACAUCAGCACUUCUACCUGUGGAUAUUUUUUUGGUUUCUUAUAUGAAAAAUCAAAAUGGUACAUUUAAGGAUUGGGCUAACAGUAAUGUUAGUAAACAAAUUGAGGACACUGUAUUAUAUGGAUAUUAUACUUUAUAUUCCGUAAUAUUAUUUUGUGUAUUUUUGUGGAUACCAUUUGUCUACUUUUAUUAUGAAGAGAAGGAGGAAGAUGAUAGUAGUAGAUGUACUCAAAUUAAAACAGCCUUCAAGUACACUUUGGGAUUUGCUGUCAUUUGCUCACUUCUUCUUUUGGUUGGUGCUUUUGUUCCUUUGAAUGUUCCUAACAAAAAUUCUACGGAGUGGGAGAAAGUAAAAUUUCUGUUUGAAGAACUUGGAAGUAGUCAUGGUUUAGCUGCUUUGUCAUUCUCCAUCAGUUCUCUGACCGUGAUUGGAAUGUUGGCAGCUAUCACGUACACAGCAUAUGGUAUGUCAGCCUUACCCCUAAAUCUAAUAAAAGGUACUAGAAGUGCUGCAUAUGAACGCUUAGAGAACACUGAAGAUAUUGAAGAAGUGGAACAGCAUAUUCAAAGGAUUAAAUCAAAGAGCAAAGAUGGUCGACCUCUACCAGCAAAGGAUAGACGGGCCUUAAAACAUUUUGAAGAAAGGUUGCGGACACUUAAAAGGAGAGAGAGGCACUUAGAAUUCAUUGAAAAGAGCUGCUGGACAAAAUUUUGUGGUGCCUUACGACCUUUAAAGAUCAUAUGGGGAAUAUUUUUCAUUCUUGUGGCACUGCUGUUCACAGUUUCUCUCUUUCUGUCAAAUCUGGACAAAGCUCUUCAUUCAGCUGGCAUUGAUUCUGGAUUCAUAAUAUUUGGAACCAACCUGACAAAUCCACUGAAUAUGCUUUUGCCUAUACUACAGACAGUUUUCCCACUUGAUUAUCUUCUUAUAACAACCAUAAUUAUGUACUUUAUUUUCACUUCAAUGGCGGGAAUUCGGAAUAUUGGCAUAUGGUUCUUUUGGAUCAGACUAUACAAGAUCAGAAGAGGUAGAACCAGACCCCAAGCACUCUUAUUUCUCUGCAUGAUACUUCUGCUGAUUGUCCUUCACACUAGCUAUAUGAUUUACAGUCUUGCCCCCCAAUACGUUAUGUAUGGAAGUCAAAAAUACUUAAUAGAGAGCAAUGCAACAUAUGUUGACCACAAAGGGAACCAUACACUAUCUGUGCCAAAGAAAUGUGAUGCAGAUGCUCCAGAAGAUCAAUGCAUUGUGACAAGAACAUACCUGUUUCUUCACAAGUUCUGGUUCUUUAGUGCUGUUUAUUAUUUUGGCAACUGGGCCUUCAUUAUAGUCUUCUUAAUUGGAUUAAUAGUAUCAUGUUGUAAAGGAAAGAAAUCAGUCAUUGAAGGAGAAGUAGAUGAAGAUGAUUCAGAUUUUAGUGAUGAUGAACCAUCUAUGUAUUCUUCUUGACAGCCUUUUUCAGAGGUUAAUAAUUGUCCAUUUCAAAUUGAUUGAACAUAACAUUCAUAUAAAUAAUAAUAACCUGAAUAGAUUGAGCCAACUCAUUUCCAUCAGAAGUGGGAGCAUGGACUUAUCAAAAAGUAUGUAUUUUGUUGUUUUAUAAAAGAAUAUAACUGCACCACAGCAUAUUAAUGUUGAAAAUAAUUAUAAUAAUAUGUAAAUAUGCAUCCAUUGAUUCAAUGAGGGACUGUUUUCAGGAAAUUUUUUUCCUCUGAUGUAUGAUAGUAUUGAAAUUGAUUAAAAACCUUCUGAAAUUAAUGUACCUCCUUUGUUGCUAUUUUAAGAUGUAAUAUAUCACAGCUUCUUGUGACUUUGGCUCUCUGCAGUCUUAUAGAAUUGUAAUAUGUCUUUUACUAAUUGUGUGGUACCUAAUAGUCAUAUAUUUAGAGGUGGGAAAUAAAUAUUGCUCCCCAUAUACAGUUUCUAUUUUUCACUUACUAUGUAAAGUUACAGCUAAAAUAAAAAGCAUGUUUUAGUAAUAACUAAACCACUCAAAUGCAAUUUAUGCAUACGAAUUUUAAUUAUUUUUCUCUUGCAUGUUAUUGUAAAUUCAUUGGUAAAACUAUAGUUCCUGAAAACUCAUGCUACAUUUUUCAAAAUUUGGUGUCAUAUAAACUUCUAGAUUAUUAAAAGUACUUUUUCUUAACUCA